AUCCGGGGGUUUUCCAUCACAUCGGAUUUAAAAGGGGAAUAAAAAAGGCGUGAGAUAUCGUUACAGCUUGGCAAGCCUGACUCUUCCGAGGAUGAAAUAUAAUCAACGUCAAGUGCAAAACUCCCAAUUAUCUCCACUUGUGUUCCCUUUAGGUUGCUUGUGUCCUUACCUUGUUUUUGUAAUUUGCCGGAUGGUGGAUGAAUCGCGAAUGAGUUGCAUUCGACGACGGAAUUACAAUCUAUUUUUUUUUUUUAUAAAGUUUUACGUUGCGUGAUAUACAGUUUUCGUAUCCG